GGAAAUCUUGUGUCUAUAUACAUGCACGCCCUCACGCUCACAUCUCUUUCAUGACCUUCAUACAAAUCAUAUCGUAUAUUUCUUUUACUUUUCACCGCCCUCUAACCCCUUCAUCAUUUCCACUUAUUAUAACCAUUUUAUUCUUUCACAAACAUAAAAAAAUAAAUAAAUAACGAAAAUCCCCCAAAACAGAUUAUACAGUUAAUGAGCUUCGCGCGUGUAUAUAUAUACAUACAGACUCUAUUAUCCCUCCUCACAACUCAUUUUCCUUUCUCAUCUCAAUUUAGGCAUUAAAUUCUCGAUUCCGAUCGAUCCUCAGCACCAAUGGGGCCGCAAACGGCAGUGGAGACGAACGCCGGCUCAGGCGCCGACAAGCCACGCGCCUCCGUUGAAAUUCCCCCGCAGCUUGUUCCGGCCGGGGAUAGUGGCGGCGAUGGGGCGGCGGCCGCCGAUGCCAAGUCGCCGGCCUCGCCUAACGGCCUCGACGAGAAACUGAAGACAGCAGGAACUGAGCAAAUCUCUGUUACAAUGGGGCAAUACAAUGGCUCCUCCGAAUACAUAGGUCUCAACGAAGUACCUUCUCCCAGAUCAUCUCACGGCAGGAAAGUCUCGGUUCUACCCCUCGUUUUCCUCAUCUUCUACGAAGUCUCGGGUGGCCCGUUUGGCAUCGAGGACAGCGUCAAAGCAGCUGGCCCUCUUCUUGCUCUUGCUGGCUUUCUCAUAUUUCCGUUCAUAUGGAGCGUGCCAGAAGCCUUAAUAACUGCCGAAAUGGGCACAAUGUUCCCUGAGAACGGUGGCUAUGUAGUUUGGGUUUCUUCCGGGCUGGGCCCGUUUUGGGGUUUUCAGCAAGGAUGGAUGAAAUGGCUUAGUGGGGUAAUCGACAAUGCUCUCUACCCCGUUUUAUUUCUCGAUUACUUAAAAUCGGGUAUCCCUGCAUUAGGCGAUGGCCUUCCCCGAGUUUUAUCUGUUCUGGGUAUAACGAUUGUCUUAACUUACAUGAACUACAGAGGCUUAACCAUAGUAGGAUGGGUAGCUGUGCUUCUCGGUAUUUUCUCGAUCCUCCCGUUUAUAGUCAUGGGACUCAUCUCUAUCCCGAGACUAAAGCCCGAGAGAUGGUUAGUUGCCGAUAUUCACACCGUGAACUGGAAUUUAUAUUUAAACACUCUUUUCUGGAAUCUCAAUUACUGGGACUCGAUAAGCACGCUGGCCGGUGAAGUCGAGAAUCCCAAGAAAACCCUCCCGAAAGCACUAUUUUAUGCUUUGGUCCUCGUAGUCUUGGGAUAUUUCUUCCCUUUGUUGACCGGAACUGGUUCAAUCCCCCUCGCUCGUGAAAUGUGGACUGACGGCUAUUUCGCUGACGUGGCGAAGAUUCUCGGCGGCGUGUGGCUGAGGUGGUGGGUUCAGGCGGCUGCCGCCAUGUCGAAUAUGGGCAUGUUCGUGGCCGAAAUGAGUAGCGACUCGUUUCAAUUGCUUGGAAUGGCCGAGCGAGGAAUGCUUCCCGAUUUUUUCGCGAAGAGGUCUAAACACGGGACUCCGCUCGUCGGUAUAUUGUUUUCGGCUUCUGGGGUGAUUUUGCUCUCGUGGCUGAGCUUUCAGGAGAUUGUGGCUGCCGAGAAUUUCUUGUACUGUUUUGGGAUGAUACUCGAAUUUAUAGCUUUCGUGAGGCUUAGGAUUAUAAGGCCGGAUGCUCCGCGGCCUUACAAGAUACCUGUUGGCACGUUUGGUGCGAUUUUGAUGUGCGUGCCUCCGAGUGUGCUGAUAGGGGUAGUUUUGGCGUUUUCGUCGCUUAAGGUUAUGAUUGUGAGUCUUGUUGCGGUUUUGCUUGGGCUUGUGCUGCAUCCUUGUUUGAAGCAGAGUGAGAAGAAGAAUUGGCUUAGGUUCUCGAUUAGCGAUGACCUUCCGGAAAUUCGGACUUCUUCUGCUGUUAAUCGUCGUGAGGAGGAUGAUGAUGAUGAUGAAUCCAUGAUUGAGUGAUGUAAUAAAAACUACUUGUGUAAGUUGGUGCAGGUAAAAAUUUAGUUAUGGUUUUAUGUUUUGGUGUGUUGUGGUCUCUGAGUUUCAAUUUUCGACACAUACAUAUUAUCAGCCAUCAGUAUCUGGAAAGGGAAAUCGAAUGUGACUGUUGUAAAUCUGUUUCUUCACAUAGCUUUUCUAAAAUAACAGUUGCAGAAUGAUUGAUCUUUUUUUGUGUUGCUGAUCGUGUCAUGAAUCGGAAGGUGGAGAUGUUCUAUUUGUGAGGUUAGAAAGUUGAAAAAAAUCGGUUGCCUGAAAGAAACUGCUGUUUUUGGUGUUGUUGAUGAAAAAGAUAGGGCUUUUGGUUGCAGAUUAGCUUUAGUAGCUUUCGUGGUUUGUGUUUGUGUUGCUCAACUUGUUUAUAUUCUUCGUUUUGGUGUUUGUGUAAUAAUGCACAUUUGAAUCUAAAGGGUUUUAGACAAAUUUCCUAAUGUAAUGAUGCGAUCUUAUUUAUUGUGUUGCAAAAAG